AUGUACUCCGCCCCAGGCAACAAUUCUUUGGCUCUUGCAGCCCCACGGCCAGGAAUGGAGCUGGGCAACGUGCAGCAACAUCCUAACCAGGCUUUUGGCCUUGGGCCUGGUGGGAAGCAACGCUCAUCCAGUCUGGAGGCGCCGAUAAUGCUACUCACAGGCCACCAGAGCGCUGUCUACUGCAUGAAGUUCAACCCUGCUGGAACUGUGAUAGCAUCGGGCUCCCAUGACAAGGAUAUCUUCCUGUGGUAUGUCCAUGGUGAGUGUAAGAACUACAUGGUACUGAGAGGGCACAAGAAUGCUAUCCUUGAUCUUCACUGGACCACUGAUGGGAGCCAGAUAAUCUCUGCAAGCCCUGACAAGACUUUGAGGGUCUGGGAUGUUGAAACUGGUAAGCAGGUUAAGAAGAUGGCUGAGCACUCAUCCUUUGUCAACUCAUGUUGCCCGUCACGUAAGUGGCCACCUCUUGUUGUGAGUGGAUCGGACGACGGUACAGCAAAGCUCUGGGACCUGCGUCAGAGAGGGGCUAUCCAAACACUUCCAGACAAGUUCCAGAUUACCGCCGUGAGCUUUUCAGAGGCCGCAGAUAAGGUUUUCACGGGUGGUCUGGACAACGAUGUCAAGUGGUGGGAUCUUCGCAAGAAUGAAGUCACAGAAUCUCUCAAAGGACAUCAGGACAUGAUAACUGGGAUGCAGCUUAGUCCUGAUGGGUCGUACCUCCUCACCAAUGCGAUGGACAAUGAGCUCAAGAUCUGGGAUCUGCGCCCUUACGCACCAGAGAACCGCAACAUCAAGACCUUUACAGGGCAUCAGCACAACUUUGAGAAGACGCUGUUGAAGUGCAGCUGGUCACCUGACAAUCGCAAGGUCACUGCUGGGAGCGCUGAUCGCAUGGUCUACAUCUGGGACACGACAUCGAGGCGGAUCCUGUACAAGCUUCCUGGGCACAACGGUUCCGUCAAUGAGACCGCUUUCCACCCUACCGAGCCCAUCAUUGGAUCUUGCGGCAGCGACAAGCAGAUUUAUCUCGGGGAGCUUUAG